AUUUCCUGUUCCGCUGCCGCUGCUGUAUCUCUCAGGUGAUCGAUAGUGAUCAGUAAUAUCGAUCAGCUGACAGUCUGCAGCUGUUUCAGGGACUUCGCACAGAUUCUCAGACUGAGUCUGGCCUCCUGCAGACUCAUGGCGACAGCAGACCCAAAGCUGAGAGGAUCCAAGGAGUCCAGUUUGCAGUCUGAGGACUCCGCCAGGGGGUCCGAGGACUCAAUUCUGGGGUCCGGGGAGUCCAGGAUGAGCUCCUGGGAGUCGGCGCUGCCGUCCAUCCAGCACUGCCUGAAGUUUGUGUUGACGCUGAAAGAGCAGUUUGUUUGUCCCAUCUGCAAAGGAGUCGUGCUCAACCCUCAGCAGAACUCCUGCGGACACAUCUACUGCUUCCUCUGCCUCCAAGCUCUGCAGGAGAGUUCCUCUCCGUCCAGCCCAGUGUGUCCCGUGGACGGAGCUGUGAUCACACCAGCUGAGGUUUUCCAGGACAACUGCUGCAAACGAGAAAUCUCCAGUUUAGAAGUGUACUGCACCAACUCCCCAGCAUGCACCUCUGUCGUCACAUUACGCCACCUGCAGAAGCACCUGGGGUCGUGUCAGUACGAGCAGCUGCGGUGCUGCAAUCCAGGCUGCACGGCGGAGCUAAAGAGGAGACACUUGCAGGAACACCUGACCUCCACCUGUCCUCACCGCAUGGAGUCCUGCCCACACUGCCAGCAACCGCAGAGACUCAGCCUCAUCCAGGAUCAUGUUGAGAGCUCCUGUCCCAAGCUGGAGGUGGACUGUCCUAACAGAUGCUCCCUGAAGGUUCCCAGAUACAAGCUGACAGAGCACAGAGAGUCGUGUCCCGAGCUUCACGUCGACUGUUCUUAUAAGAAGUUCGGCUGCUCUGUGCAGGAUAAGAGAGGGAACGUGAAGCUGCAUGAAGACGCUGCUGUCAAUCAUCACAUGCUGCUGGUCCUGAGGAGCAACACACACCUGGAGCAACAGGUGGAGGUCCUCCAGGAGACGGCGCUGCUGAGGCAGCAGGAGGUCCAGACCGACAGUUUACUGCUCGCUGGUCUGCACAACAAAAUCAGACCGCUGCUGCACCAGAACAGCAGCCAUGAACACGUCGUCUCUGCAGCUCAGAGGACACUGAGCAGGCAGGAGGACGUCCUGUCCACUGUCCAGCUGGACGUCCAGCAGGUGUCUUGGGGACUCGGUCCUGGUCUGCAGGAGCUGGAGGAGCUCAGAAAGUCUCUGGAUGCUGUGAUCCAGGAAGUGUCGGCAGCCGAGGCCCUCAGAGAACACCUCGGAACUUUAGAGGAGAAUCUGAAGCAUCAUUCGGGUCUUUUGGAUCUCCACGCCGCUCAGCUCAGUAGCAACAAGCAGCACCUGCAGGAGCUCGAGGCGACUUCCUACAACGGCAAACUGAUCUGGAAGAUCGAGGACUUCAGGAACAGGAGGGACGCUGAGGUCAAAGGUCAUCCUCCCUGCCUGAGCAGCGUGCCGUUUCACACCGGACCCUGCGGCUACAAAAUGGCCUCCAAGGUCUAUCUGAACGGGGACGGGGAGGGAAGAGAGACCCACCUGUCCCUUUAUGUUGUGCUGAUGCCGGGAGACUUCGAUGCUCUGCUGCCGUGGCCUUUCAAACAGACCGUGUCUCUGUCGGUUCUGGAUCAAAGCGGUGCUGGAAACCACCAGAGUCUCAGCUUCCGACCCGACCCGACGUCCAAAAGCUUCCAGCAACCCGCCGGCGAGUCCGUCAGUAACGUCGCUGUUGGAUUUUCAUGCUUCGUUCCCCUCAACAAGCUGGAAACUCCUCAAAACGCUGCGUAUGUCAAAGACGACACGCUGUUUGUCAAAGUGAAGGUGGACAUGGCGGGUUUGGAGCACCUGUAGGCUUUUGUCCUCUACGCUAUCGAGGAUUGGAUUAGAUUUUUGACUUUGAUUUGUCGCCAUCUGGUGUUCAGUUUAGGAAGAACACGGUAGUAGACAACGCAACACAGACUGAUGCAAAAUAUACCAUCAGAGUUACUAGAAGUAAAAUAAAUCUACACGUUGUAACUUUAAAGGAAUCGUUAACAUUUUGGGAAAUAUUCUCAGUAAUUCAGAUUGACUCUUUUUGCCAAAAUUAUAUUUUCAGGGAUAGUUUGGAGGUCCAACUCCAACAAUGACUGUGGUUAUGGAAUAAAU